AUGCAAUCGAACCUUUUGCAACCACCAAAGGAUUAUGGCAGCCCGACAGAGCCCGUAUCUCGCCGCUCCCGAGCACUUUCCAUCACCGAUCGUCUGGGCAUUACACGCCAAAGAGCCGACAGUGAUAACAGCCCUCGUGCCAAAGCUGCUGCUCUUAUACAGCGAACCUAUCGGGGCUACCGUGUCCGUCGUCAGCUCAAAGACCUAGGGUUGGACCCUUCCACGAGAUGGAAGCAUGCAGUCCGUGAGGCUCAAUGGCGCGAGCUAGUUAAGCCUCGCUCUCGGAAGAACUUUGGGUUUGUGGAUAGCGGCAUAGGCAUGUCGGAUGACGGGGAGUCUAAUGCACAAUGCUCUACAGCUGAAAGCCGAUCGUCGAUAGCACGGCAAAACUGGAAGAAGGUCGCCACCAUCGCACGUCGGGCAGCGGCGGAUGUAGACGGUGAUGGUUACUCUAGCGACUCUUCUUCUUCCUCGUCUCACCCCUCAUCGUCGUUGCCCGGUGCAGAGUCAGGCGAAGAAAAGAGGAAGAGAAGACAGCAAGAGCGCAGAGCUUUGAAAGAAUCCAAGGAGCGACGAAAGGCCGCCGCGAGAAUGAUGGGGCUUCAGUACCUUCUUGAGAUGGUAGACCUGAAACACCGAUACGGUGCCAACUUGAGGGUCUAUCACGAGGCCUGGAAACAAGCCGACACUGAUGAGAACUUCUUCUUCUGGCUGGACCAUGGCGAAGGGCAGGCUUACGACUUGGAAACGUGUCCCCGUGAACAGCUUGAGCGAGAACGAAUCCGAUAUCUUUCCUGCGAGGAGCGACAGCAUUACCUUGUUAAGGUGGACGACGAAGGCCGUCUACGUUGGGCAAAAAACGGGGAACUCAUUGACACAUAUGGAGAAUGGAAGGACUCGGUCCAUGGCAUUGUACCCAUCGAUGAUCCCACUCCUGCAUAUGUCCCAGCCAACGACUCAGAACAUGAGACUUGUCUUUUCGGCCAUGAUGGUACUGGGUCCGAGUUGUCUGAGGACGAAGCAGCGGAUGAAUAUGUAUAUCCGCCUACAACUAGCGACGGCGUUCCUACCGCAACCAAAACAAUCAAGCGCUUGAAGAACAGCCGUCACAUCUCGACCAGCAUAAUCGUCGACAAACUCCUCCGCAAAUCCGUCCGCAAAAACACCUGGAUCUUCGUCGCCGACACCAAUUUCCGCCUUUACGUCGGCAUCAAAAGCAGCGGCGCCUUCCAGCACAGCUCCUUCCUGCAAGGUAGCCGCAUCUUUGCCGCCGGGUCCAUCAAGAUCAAGGACGGAUGCCUGACGAGCCUGUCGCCGCUGAGUGGGCACUACCGCCCUCCAACAUCUAGUUUUCGUGUGUUCAUGCGGAGCUUGCAAGAGGAACAAGGGGUUGAUAUGAGCACCGUGACGGUCUCCAAGAGUUACUCGGUCCUGGUGGGCAUGGAGACGUACGUGAAGGUAAGGACUAAGGGUAAAGAGGCGGUUGGAAUGAUCAGGUAUCAGAAAGAUAGGGUAUUGGCGCCUGAGAGGUAUGAGAAGCGGGAGGAGGAAGCAAGGGAUACGUCUAGGAGUGCCGCAAGAGAGCGAGAGGUUGUUGAGCAUGAGGAGCAAAUGAUGAGGAGGAAUCAUAGCGUAGGUGGGCAGUUGCUGCAGAAGCUCGGGAUAUCUCGGCUUGGUACUAGAGAACCGGAGUGA